UUCCCAGGUGGCAAUGCGAGCGUUCUGUUUCUAGGUGUCUAGCAACAGCUAUCAGCCCAGACAGCCGGCGGCAACGGGAGCGGUAUUUCUCGGUGUGUCUUUCCACGAUUAUUCGCUGCCGGGUAUUUAUAAUUAAUAGUCGCCAGGCGGAAAAUAGUGAAAAAACAACCCUGACCCCUGCACAGAGAUAUGAGCGGCAGCGGGCGGCCCAGGACCAGCUCGUUUGCUGAGCCGCCAGGUGUUCCAGGAACCGCCGCUGCGUCCACCGGAUCAGCCGCUGCCGUGGGGAGCAGCACAGGAAAGUCCGGGGUCCCGCAGGCCUCCGGCAGCAGCUCGUCGGGAUGUUCGAACCUUAAGCUUGCCAGAGACAGUGGGAAGGUGACGACAGUCGUAGCCACACCAGGUCAGGGACCGGACCGCCCACAGGAGGUCUCUUACACUGACAUCAAGGUAAUUGGCAAUGGGUCGUUUGGUGUGGUGUACCAAGCUCGCCUCAUCGACAGCCAAGAGAUGGUGGCCAUUAAGAAGGUGCUGCAGGAUAAGAGGUUCAAGAAUCGGGAACUACAGAUCAUGAGGAAGCUGGAUCACUGCAACAUUGUCAGACUACGUUACUUCUUCUACUCCAGUGGAGAGAAGAAAGAUGAAGUGUAUCUCAACCUGGUGCUGGACUUUGUACCUGAGACGGUCUACAGGGUUGCCAGGCAUUUUAACAAGGCCAAGAGCAUCAUUCCUAUCAUAUAUGUGAAGGUGUACAUGUACCAGUUGUUUCGCAGUCUGGCUUAUAUCCAUUCCCAGGGCGUGUGUCACAGAGACAUCAAGCCCCAAAACUUGCUUGUCGACCCAGAAACUGCCAUCCUCAAGCUGUGUGACUUUGGCAGCGCCAAGCAGCUGAUCCGCGGUGAACCCAACGUGUCGUAUAUCUGUUCGCGGUAUUAUCGCGCACCUGAGCUCAUUUUUGGUGCCACCGACUACACGGCAAACAUUGACAUCUGGUCAGCAGGCUGCGUACUGGCCGAGCUGCUGCUCGGACAGCCCAUAUUCCCCGGUGACAGUGGGGUGGACCAGCUUGUAGAGAUUAUCAAGGUGCUAGGAACCCCGACAAGGGAACAAAUCCGAGAGAUGAACCCGAACUACACAGAAUUCAAGUUUCCUCAGAUCAAAGCUCAUCCAUGGACCAAGGUGUUUAAACCUCGCACCCCUCCAGAGGCCAUCGCUCUUUGCUCCCGGCUGCUGGAGUACACGCCGGCCUCGCGUUUCUCUCCACUAGAGGCAUGUUCGCACGCCUUCUUCGACGAGCUGCGCCAGCCGAACACACGACUGCCCAGCAGCCGAGAACUGCCGAUGCUCUUCAACUUCAGCACCACAGAGCUGUCCAUCCAGCCCCAGCUGAACUCAACCCUCAUUCCUCCUCACGCUCGCUCUCAUACAGCUGCUUCCGCCCACGAUGGUACCGGCUCAGAUUCAUCUCAACACAGUUCAGUACCAGGAUCUCUUAACAGCAUCUGAAGCAGCUGCUCACCUGCCUGCCUGCCAGCCUCACCCUUAUCUCAGACGCACACGCACACACGCACGCACUACUGCUUUCUUCCAUGCUGCUUGCUCUCCUCUUAGAUGAUCUGUUUUUGUACAGUAAAUGCAUUAAACAAACAAACAUUAGUUCUUUAGCUGCCAGGGUCGAAACUAAGGCAGGUGAUUGUUACACACACACACACACACACACACACACACACACACACACAGUUGUCUCGCUGCUGCUCGGGUGGUCUGUGAAGGUUCAAUAGUGGGGGCUGGUCCUCUGUAAUAUAAACUUUUUUUUUUUUUUUUUUUUAUCAACAUUCUUUUCCUUUUUUUCUUUAUAUUUGUGUUUUAUUUAUUUGACUAAUUGAAAGCAUCAAGUGGUCACAAAACAUUUAGUCUCUUUAGAGUUUAGUUUUUUCCACUUCAGAUUAUUUUUUUAAUAUUCUCCAGUGUUUUUGCAUCUGAACUGUACACUGCCUGACCAAGAUCAGAACUGGCCCCUAAUAGGUCAUCAGGGUAAAGGAUGUUUUAUUCAACUCAGGGCGGGAGAGUGGAUGCAGGCAAUGAUAAAUUCCUCAAUCCUCCAGCCACAUUAUUUUACCAAUCCAGCCUGAUGUUCAGGUUUAGAGUAAACCUCCAUGUCUUGUUAAUUUACCCGCUUAAGUGGCAGGUAGAGUAGGAAACCUCAUCGGUAGCAGGUAGCAGUUAUCAGUGUUUGGUUGGAGGUGAGUCAUGCUCAGUUGCUGCAUUACUUUAUACAAACUGGACUGGAAGCUGACUCACCUGUCACCGCGUCUCGUAUCCAUCUGUUUGUUUCCUGUUGUAAAGAGUUUUGUCUGUUAAGAGUAGGGACGGCUUAAUACCACUUUCACAUGUCCGAUACCGCAACCUUGAGUAUCUGCCGAUACCGUCUUUGUCCCCUCUCCGAAUCAACUAUAAGCUGUUAAUAAUACAUUUGUGUGGAUGCACUUUGCUUUAUCUAGCCAUCUAAAAAACAUCACGCUGUGAAACAAAUAUUCUACUCCUCUUAAGAAAUUCAUCAGCCUACAACAUGACUCAGUUAUGCUGCUUCUUUUCAUCCAAAGCUUUUCACAGAGAGCUGCAUGUUUGAUUUGUCAGCACCAUUCAAAAAUAAUACAAAUUUAAAGUGUAAUUUAGUGCAACAUUUUAAAUCCAAUUACAAGUUUAAAUCUCUCAAACAAACUAUCUUAGACUUGUACAGUUGUGAAGAAAGUGUGAAUGUGCUGCUCUGCAGAAGCAGAUCUAGAAAAUGAGCCUUUUGAAACCGAGCAAACAAGUUGAAACCAUAGAGUGCAAGUAAUCGUUACUAAACAUUACUAGAUGCUGCUCAGUGCUCUGCUUGUUCCGUGUCCGACCAACUAGUUAGUUGUGUUCACUUGAUGAUUAGAUGAAAACCAGCAGCGCUCUGAAUGCCACUUUCCUAGAUCAUUGCAGCAAUACAAAACGUAAACGGAUAUUAAAGCUUGUGUAAUAGAGUAGAGAUUCUGUGUCACGCGAUCAGUGCUUCUUAAAGAAAUAGUUUACAGAAUUUACUUGCGGAAGAAAAAAAACCACAGUUACGCCCCUUCUAACCUCCCUAAAGAAAUUGUGGUCACGAUGUGGUUAAUGUUAAGAAGUCAAAACUUGGAAUCAGGGCAACUGUUGCUGCUUUUAAAGGUCUGAUUGUUUUAAGAUAAAUUAAACAUUUUAAAGCGUUGAAAGGUAUUUAAAUGUGGUAAAUAUAGUUACUUGAUGGCUCCCCUUCAAUUACGACUCUGUACUAAAUGUUGACAUGUAUUCAUACAGAUAAAACAAUAGACUGGUUUUAAUUUAACCAUACUACUGUAUAAAGGUGUCUCUAAAAGAACCUGUAAGAUUUCUCAAAAACAAUUGGCAAACUAAACACAAGUGUGAUCUGAUCAAAGGUCACUUUUGGUGGAAUUCCCCUUUUAGCUAAAAGAUCGUUCUCAUCUUGAUGUUAGUGUGGGGAAAAAAUGCUUUUGUUUUAUUAAAACCCGAUGGGGGGGGGGGGGUUUACUUCAUGUCAAUUAAUUUUUUGUGUUGAAAGUUGAAUGUCAGUUGAAAUUAUGUCACUUCUUAAGCAAACUACUUCCAUCACUUGAAUUAUGUGAACAUUUAUUUUCAGUUUUUACAAGGGAAAAAAAGCUUUGUCGAAACAAAUAUAACAUGAACACUGAAGCAAAGCGUAGAGAAGAUGAAUGGAAGGCUUAAUGUGAAUAGUAGUUAAACAUGUUCGACAAUUUCAAGCAGGGAGUUCCUGUUAGGUGACUGUGUUUGUUUGCUCCUUGUACUUCUGUCUUUGUGAGGACCUAAUUGAAUUUCACCCCCUAUGAGUGAGCAAAUAGAGCUGUUAGAGGUCAAGGUUAAGGAGAAUGUAUUAUCAAGGUCGGCCUCCUCUCAAGUAUAGAAGUACAAAUAUGUGUGUGUAACCAUAUUCCAACCUGCAGUCUGAACAGCCAGUGUUUUAGGGAUUAGAGCAGUCAACAAUACAGAUCUUUAGUAAGCCGUGACGACCACUUGAAAGUUUGUAGUAUAGUAUAUUUGAUACUAUUGUUCCAUGCCUCCACCUGCUUUUAAAAAAAAACUGCAGCCAUGUUUGUUUUGAACCUUUUUUAUAUAU